AUGGAAACUUGUUUAGCCAUCGAGCCUUUGUCUGAGAACCGUCACCAAGAAUUUAUCCAAUUCAUUUAUCGUGAAUUCUUUCCUCGUGAACCGUUAGCUUUGGCUUCCGGUUUGGCAGGCAAAACUAAUCCGAAAACAAUCGAAACAUUUAUACAAUGGAUGAAACAAGGCGUCUCCCUCGUCGCUAUUGAUUCGCAAUCCAAUCAGAUAGUGGCCGGUGCUUUGAACUGUUUCUUAAAUAAAUCAGAACUCCUAUUCGACAAUGACUACAGUUGCAUGGAGGAAGAAGAUUCUUCUAUCUGGAGGUUUCUUGAUCACCUUGAAACUGGUUACGAUGUGUUCCAGCAAUUUCAAGUCGAUCGUGGAAUGGAAUUGGUGUUCCUUUGCGUCCAUGAAGCGUACACUGGCCUAGGAUUGGCGCGACGAUUAACGGAAGAAACCAUUGCGACGGCCCGUCGGCUUGAAAUACCAUUCAUCAAAAGCAAUCCGUCCACUCCUGUUACUUGCCAUCUUUUCGAAUCUCUCGGCUUUGAGACGAUCAACGAGAUGAAGUUGGUCGAUUAUCAGGUGGAGGGCAAAUCCGUUUUCCGGAACGCCAGGCCAGAAGAUAUAACUCGACUCUGCAUCAAGAAAAUGUAGAAAUAACAACAAAUUGCGUUCAAAAAUUCAAAAUAUUUUCACUUUCAAAAUUUCCACAUCGUUAUUGCCAAACAUGCUUCUCACAAUCGCACUUACUAGUUGCCAAUUAAAGCCGUUUGUAAAAAAAAAGAAAAAAUCCAGGACGCGUGCAAUGGCAUUACCAAGUGAAUAAAAACAAGGAAAAUUAUAGCUGCACUAUUUCGCAUAGAUAAUUGAAAUAUGAUGGCCAAAUUGCAUCAAAAUGGAUUUUCCGCUUGCGUAUGACUUUUCCGGCUGAUUUCUCAACCGUCACGAGUCAAUCAGUUGGCACAGCAACAGCCGAGUACAGACAUGACUAUAAGCCGCCUGGUUCUUCCACAAUUUUCGGUCGCAACAUUCCUUUCUGCUUUCGCACCUUUCGGCUUGAAUAAAUGAAUAAAAAAUGUUGGUUGGUAAAACAACACACAUACUGGCUGACAACAAAAUUGCACGAAUCGAAAAAUCCCGCGGUCAUAUUUUCCUCUCGUCUUUCUUUUUCGUCCAAAGUUUACAAACAGAAAAAAAUUUGGGGAGAGAGGGAGGACCACUGAGGUCUGCACAAUUACAUACAGCAAUGGGGCGCGACGGAUAACAACCUUGUGAAUUUUAUUUCCACGUUCGCAUCAACACACACUCACACACA